GCUCCUGCACCCCCAUCUUUCCUUGCCCUCCUCCGGUAAAGAUUGCGGGCCUUUUUUGCGCCGUCCUAGGCCGAGCCACGCGCCGGGUGCAGCUCAGCCUGGAGCCCUGGAAUUUCCUGGUGUUUAGCCAGCCCAACCUGCCUUAACUUUCUAGCUCAGCCAAGGGAAUUUGCUAACUUUGGUAAUUGACCAACAUGUCAGAAGAGGUCAUCGUCCCGGUUUACUGCACCGGAGUGUCGGCUCAAGUCCAGAAGCAGCGGGCAAAAGAUCUGGGUCUGGGGAAACAUGAGAAUGCAGUCAAGUAUUUGGGUCAAGAUUUUGAGAGGCUUCGGAACGAAUGCAUGCAGAGUGGGGCUCUCUUCAGGGACGAAACCUUCCCCGCCACAGCCUCUUCGCUGGGUUUCAAAGAACUGGGGCCAAAUUCCUCCAAGACGUAUGGCGUCAAGUGGAAACGGCCAACGGAAAUGUGCCACAACCCACUUUUCAUCAUAGAUGGAGCCACACGUACCGACGUCUGCCAAGGUGCUCUGGGGGACUGUUGGCUUUUAGCUGCUAUUGCCUCGCUCACACUGAACGACCCCCUCCUCCAUCGCGUGGUCCCCCACGGGCAGAGCUUUCAGAACGGGUACGCUGGCAUCUUCCACUUCCAGAUUUGGCAGUUCGGGGAAUGGAUAGAUGUGGUGGUGGACGAUUUGCUCCCGACAAAAGAUGGCAAGCUGGUGUUUGUACAUUCAGCCGAAGGCAAUGAGUUUUGGAGUGCCCUGCUUGAAAAAGCUUAUGCUAAGGUGAAUGGCUGCUAUGAAGCCCUGUCUGGAGGAAGCACUUCGGAAGGUUUUGAGGACUUUACAGGCGGUGUGACCGAGUGGUACGAUCUCCGGAAGCCUCCCAACGAUCUCUUUCAGAUCAUUUUGAAAGCCCUGGAGAGAGGAUCUCUCUUGGGAUGCUCCAUUGACAUCACGAGUGCUUUUGACAUGGAAGCUGUCACUUUCAAGAAGCUGGUGAAGGGCCAUGCUUAUUCAGUCACUGGAGCUGAGCAGAUCAGCUACCGAGGACAGCGGGUCAGCCUGAUACGGGUACGAAACCCGUGGGGAGAGGUGGAAUGGACAGGAGCUUGGAGUGACAGUUCUGGAGAGUGGAACGUGGUGGACCCAGCUGUCGGGCAGCAACUGAGAGUCAAAAUGGAGGAUGGGGAAUUUUGGAUGUCCUUCCAAGACUUCCUCCGUGAGUUCUCUCGCCUUGAGAUCUGCAACCUUACGCCAGAUGCCCUGAAGUCCCGCAGAUUCCGAAAAUGGAACACCACGCUGUACGAUGGCACUUGGCGACGAGGGAGCACGGCUGGUGGCUGUAGAAAUUACCCAGCCACCUUCUGGAUUAACCCGCAGUUUAAAAUUCGCCUUGAUGAGGUUGAUCACGAGGGUGAAGACGGGCGAAGAGAGCCGGGGUGCAGCUUCGUUUUGGCCCUGAUGCAGAAACACCGUCGCCGAGAGAGGCGGUUCGGCAAGGACAUGGAGACCAUCGGCUUUGCCGUCUACGAGGUGCCCCCAGAGUGCAAGGGGCAGCCUUCGGUCCACCUGAAGCGCGACUUCUUUCUCUCCAAUUCUUCCCGGGCCCGGUCGGAGCAGUUCAUCAACCUGCGUGAAGUCAGUACUCGUUUCCGGCUGCCCCCAGGAGAAUAUAUCGUGGUCCCUUCGACUUUUGAACCCAACAAGGAAGGGGACUUUGUACUCCGAGUCUUCUCAGAGAACAAAGCCGGGACAGUGGAGAUGGAUGAUCAGAUCCAAGCCAAACUUCCAGAUGAGCAAGUGCUUUCGGAAGGUGAGAUCGAUGAAGGCUUUAAGCAGCUGUUUAAGCAGUUGGCAGGGUCGGAUAUGGAGAUUAGUGCAAGAGAACUGCAAACCAUCCUCAACAGGAUAAUUGGAAAACAUAAAGACCUGCGCACGAAAGGAUUCAGCUUGGAGUCCUGCCGAAGUAUGGUGAAUCUCAUGGAUAGAGAUGGAAAUGGGAAACUCGGUUUGGUGGAGUUCAAUGUCCUUUGGACUAAGAUUAAAAACUAUCUGGCAAUCUUCAGGAAAUUUGAUUUGGACAAAUCAGGAAGUAUGAGUGCCUAUGAAAUGAGAAUGGCUCUGGAGUCUGCAGGUUUCAAGCUGAACAAGAGACUCUACGAGUUGAUUAUCACCCGCUACGCGGAGCCCGACCUGGCCCUUGACUUUGACAACUUUGUCUGCUGUUUAGUGCGGCUCGAAACUAUGUUCCGAUUUUUCCAAGCCCUGGACACGGACAAGGACGGGAUCGUCACGUUCGAUUUGAUUAAGUGGAUACAACUGACCAUGUUUGCCUGAAAAAGAUACGGAGCACAUCCCAUGCAAUUCUUUGGACUUUCCUUCUCCCUGGACAUUUUGUUUUGAGGGUUGAGGACAUUCUUACCUGCAAGUGCCUCAUGUUCUGCUUUUCGCCGCUUCCGUUCCAAAAUAGAGGAAACACACGUGCAAGGUUGCAGCUUGACAUCGCUCUACUUCCUACACGGGCUCCUGCCAGACCUGGGAACCUUUUAUGACUCCAGCUUCAUUUCAGACUUGCGUCUCGAAUAACCCGCGGCGCGAUGCUGCUGAGGAAUCACGCUGCGCUCUGCCAAAGACACAAAGCGGCCUUGCCACUCCACUAACAUCCUGAUCCACUGUAACAUGGAGUUUAUGUUAACGUUCCCCGGGCUAACAACGUCUUUUGGAUCACUUCUGGAUUACCCCUGCCUUGGCAGGGUACAAAUGCCUGGGAAACUCUGUCUUUGGGGAGCCGGGAUUCGGCCUUUCUGAAUCCGUGUUGUGGAUCUGUCGGCUUGAGGGGAAUACUUUAAAGCAUGCUGCAGUGUGUCAAAGGUGCAUUUGAAGCGAGGACAGAAACUUACUGUGUGGUAUAUACAUUUGAAGCAAACCGCUAAUUCCACAUUUUUGAGCCAAUACAUGAAACAGAGCUUACUCUCCCUUCAGAAUUCGCACUUCUGGAAAUCUUGCCACGCAGUUUGAUGAGAAUAUACAGGUAGUCCUCAGUUAACGACGGCAACUGGGACCAAAAUUUCUGUCGCUAAGCAUGCGGUCAUACA